CUCAGAGAGAGGCAGAAGGUCCACGCAGCAGCCAGCUCGGAUCAAUCCUCUCAGGGAAUAUACACACACACACACACACACACCGCUCCUGGAGUAUAUCACUAUAUUCCUCGCCGUGGACUUAACGCGCACUGCUUGCGUCAGGAGCGCGUCUUUUUUUUUUUUGGUUGUUGUGUGUUGUGACUGCUUAGAAAGUCUUUUUUUUUUUUUUUUUUAAUAGAAAAAGGGGGAUCUUCAUCUUUCUCACAGGAUUUGUUUCUCUUCCCCGGUUCGACUAUUUACGAGCGGAAACCAUUGAUUGUGGAACUAUUGCGCCAAUGGUGCGGGCUGGAGGACGACCUGCGCGCAGCUGACCCGCGCUCAGUGCGCAGCGAAGGGAAGACACCACACUGGUGGUGUGGCGUGGAGGGGGGGGGUUGGGGGUGUUUAUUCCAACAAAUACAUGGUGUCGUGGUGAAUGGUUCCGUGGGUGCAACACAAGCUGGGACUGUAAAGGAGUGCGGACUGUGCGUGGAUCGGUUUCUACUCUCCUCCGCCGUGCGUCCGUUUACAUGAGCGGGUCCUGACAAUGGAUUACAUUCUGCUCUUGUGCAGCCUCCUGCUGUCCCCCCUGGCCUCCGCGGUGGAAGAGACGCUGAUGGACACAAAGUGGGCCACAACAGAAUUAGCCUGGACUUCACAUCCUGAGACUGGGUGGGAAGAGGUGAGCGGUUACGACGACGCCAUGAACCCCAUCCGGACUUACCAAGUAUGCAACGUACGAGAGCUCAACCAGAAUAACUGGCUACGCAGUGACUUUAUCCCGCGGAAGGACGUGCUGCGUGUUUACGUGGAGAUGAAAUUCACGGUGCGUGACUGCAACAGCAUCCCGAACAUCCCGGGCUCCUGCAAAGAGACCUUCAACCUCUUCUACUACGAGUCGGACUCCGACUCGGCCACGGCGACCAGUCCGUUCUGGAUGGAGAACCCGUACGUGAAAGUGGAUACCAUCGCCCCGGAUACCAGCUUCUCCAAGCUCGAUUCCGGACUGGUCAACACUAAAGUCAGGAGUUUCGGGCCGUUGUCCAAAGCCGGGUUCUACUUGGCCUUCCAGGACCUCGGGGCGUGCAUGUCCCUCAUCUCAGUGAGGGUUUUUUACAAGAAGUGCUCCACCACCAUAGCCAACUUCGCAGUUUUUCCAGAGACGGCGACCGGAGCGGAAGCCACGUCCUUGGUCAUUGCACCCGGGACCUGCGUCCCCAACGCCUUGGAGGUGUCCGUGCCGCUCAAGUUGUACUGCAACGGAGACGGGGAAUGGAUGGUUCCCGUGGGCGCCUGCACCUGCUCGGCGGGUUUUGAACCUGCCAUGAAGGACACUCAAUGCCAAGCUUGCAGCCCUGGCACCUUCAAGUACAAGCAAGGGGACGGAUUCUGUCUGCCGUGCCCUGCAAACAGCCGUGCCAGUUCCGCGGCGGCGAGCGUUUGCUCCUGCCGAAACGGUUACUACCGAUCGGACACGGACACCCCGGACUCGUCCUGCACCACUGUCCCCUCCGGCCCGCGCAACGUCAUCUCCAGCGUGAACGAAACCUCGCUGGUCCUGGAGUGGAGCGAGCCCCGGGAGCUGGGCGGCCGCGACGACACCUUCUACAACGUCAUCUGCAAGAAGUGCCUGCCCGAGCGGGGCAUGUGCUCCCGCUGCGACGACAACGUGGACAUCUCGCCGCGCCACCUGGGCCUGACCCAGCGCAGGGUGGCGGUCCGCAACCUCCAGGCCCACACGCAGUACAGCUUCGAGAUCCAGGCCGUCAACGGGGUCUCCAACAAGAGCCCGUACACGCCUCAGUUCUCCGCGGUCAACAUCACCACCAAUCAGGCCGCUCCUUCUGCAGUACCCACGGUUCACCUGAUGGCGGCCACAGCGAGCACCAUGAGCCUGUCCUGGCUGCCUCCAGAAAAACCCAACGGAAUUAUUCUGGAUUAUGAGAUUAAGUACCAUGAGAAGGUGAGCAGAAAUGAUCAGGGUGAAGCCAUCGCUCAUACAAUGACGGCCCAACGGAGCAACGCCCGCAUUGAAGGUCUCAAGGCGGGUACGCCUUACGUGGUGCAGGUCCGUGCGCGGACAGUCGCUGGUUACGGUCGUUACAGCAGCCCGGCGGACUUCAGCACCAACCUGCAAACCGACCCACCCAAAAUGUGGCAAGAGCAGCUACCCCUCAUUGUUGGAUCGGCUACUGCCGUCUUCGUCUUCAUCAUCGCCGUUGUGGUCAUCGCUAUUGUCUGCCUCAGAAAGCAAAGGAAUGGUUCAGAGUCCGAAUAUACAGAGAAACUGCAGCAAUACAGUAAGUACCUGUGUCGCCACUCUCGACUUUUACGCCGAUGGACGGAAACGUUCCUGUUAUGUUGUGGGAUCUUGAACUUGACAACAGAGAUUCACUUUCCUGUUCUUGCCACUGAAUCCCCUAUAGUCACCCCGGGAAUGAAGGUCUACAUUGAUCCCUUCACCUACGAGGAUCCCAAUGAAGCCGUGAGGGAGUUUGCCAAAGAGAUUGACGUCUCCUGCGUGAAGAUCGAGGAGGUCAUCGGCGCAGGAGAGUUUGGAGAGGUGUGCCGCGGUCGCCUCAAGCUGCCUGGCCGCCGAGAGAUCAUCGUUGCCAUCAAGACUCUCAAAGUGGGAUACACCGACCGGCAGAGGAGAGACUUCCUCUCCGAGGCAUCCAUCAUGGGGCAGUUUGACCACCCCAAUAUUAUUCGCUUGGAGGGCGUGGUCACCAAGAGCCGACCGGUGAUGAUUGUGACCGAGUUCAUGGAGAAUGGAGCACUGGACUCGUUCUUAAGGCUCAACGAUGGGCAGUUCACAGUGAUCCAGCUCGUUGGCAUGCUGCGUGGCAUUGCAGCAGGCAUGAAGUACCUGUCAGAUAUGAACUACGUGCACAGAGACUUGGCAGCCCGUAACAUUCUGGUCAACAGUAACCUGGUUUGCAAGGUGUCCGACUUCGGCCUAUCCCGUUUCCUCGAGGAUGACCCGACGGAUCCCACCUACACGAGCUCACUGGGGGGCAAGAUCCCUAUCCGAUGGACGGCACCCGAGGCGAUCGCCUACAGGAAGUUCACCUCGGCCAGUGACGUGUGGAGCUACGGCAUUGUCAUGUGGGAAGUCAUGUCGUACGGAGAGAGGCCGUACUGGGACAUGAGCAAUCAGGACGUGAUAAAUGCCGUGGAGCAGGACUAUCGACUACCCCCGCCUAUGGACUGCCCCACAGCUCUACACCAGCUCAUGUUAGACUGCUGGGUGAAAGAGCGCAACCUGCGGCCCAAAUUCACCCAGAUCGUCGCCACCUUGGAUAAACUAAUCCGCAACGCCGCCAGCCUCAAGGUGGUCACUAACAGCGCACAGUCCACAGGGGUAUCCCAACCCUUGCUUGACCGCUGCGUGCCAGACUACACCACGUUCACCACUGUGGGAGACUGGCUGGACGCCAUCAAGAUGAGCCGCUACCAUGAGAAUUUCAUCAACGCCGGAUUCGCGUCCUUUGACCUGGUUGCUCAGAUGACAGCAGAGGACUUGCUGCGGAUAGGCGUUACAUUGGCCGGCCACCAGAAGAAGAUUCUGGGUAGCAUUCAGGACAUGAGACUACAGAUGAACCAAACACUUCCCGUCCAGGUGUGACCAAAACGGGACACCCCGACCCCCCCCAAGUGCAGUCACACGGAUGGCCAGAUCGAGGACAAACGAACCAGUCCCAGAUGGAGACAUUGGAAAAAAAAAAAAAAAAACCCAAGCUGCCUGACCCAUCUCUGCCAAAUUAGAUACUCGGACUUACUUUCUCUUGUUUUUUUUUCCUCCCGCAACUUCUUGUUUUUACGUUACUCGUCAUGUACUUCUCAAUUUGUGUUGUCUAGAAAAUGGGUUAGCGUUUUUACCCGUUCUCCAACCCCGUCAUAGCCUCACCGGCUGUUUGCAUGACCGCGUGUGUUAGGGAGCGCCACUGAAAUGUUUUGAUCCUGAUGGACGUGAGGAACGGACAUGCUGGAAGGUGUUCUCCAUCUUCAUAUUGAAGGUGUGUUAUCCAAAAGGGCACUUGCUGAAGAAGCCUGAGGUACUACAACGACCGGAGGUCUAACGUUUUUUUUUUUUUUUGCAUCCGGACAGUCGGGACUGCGACGUGACCUGAAGGAGGAUUUUAACAAUAUCAGGAUCAACUUUUUUUUUUUUUUUUUUUUUUUUUUGUUAACACCUUUUCCACAUCAUUUUGCUUUCCUACAUAUUGGGAGAUUUGUGGUUUUUCAAAAAUGGCUGGUCAAACUGAAGCACCCCCAGGUGGACUCUCGCGAGAUGGGGACAUAAGGACAGUGGCGACACCAUAGACAGACCACUAGGCCUUUUUGGUGUGUUUUUUGUAUGUGUGUGUGUGUGUGUGUGUGUGUGGGCGUAUGUGUAAUUAAGUGUGCUUGGACGUGCGCGUGCGUCACGUUGCACACAAGCAUACUGUACAAUACAGCUUCCGCUAUUUUGCCACUGUGGAGAAUUAACGCAUGAACUGAACCGUGACAAGGAGCAAUUAUAUCUGAAACAAUUAUGCUAUAUUCUGUGGACAACUGUUAAAAAAAACAACUUUUUUUUUUUUUUAUGAACUCACCAGAAUUUUGGACAAUAUAUAUGCAUAUUAAAAAGGUAUGCAGAGAACCGCCAUUGGGCGGACAACUUUCUACUUACUAGUACCCGGAUUCAGAAAUAAUCAAAUUAUUGUUUAAUUUGUUGGCAUCCCUCCCUAUGUAUUUAUUUGUGCCCCAGACCCUUUCUUCCCUCCCACCGACACCCAGAUGGACCGUAAGACCAUUUUUGGGAACUGAAAACAAUCAGAUGGAGACUCGAAGAGGAUUUAGCUAAUGAAUUGAUGAUUAAACAAAAUAAAUGCUGUAUAC